UAAGCAUGCUGGGAGUGCCAUGGGAAGCGCUGCCAAUCAUGGCGAACCGGAAGUCUCCGCUGGAUACGGGAGCCCGGGGCACAACCAGAACCCGGAAAUAGUUUGAGUGCGGUGGCCACGUAUUGGCUCAGCUUGCUUGAGGGUAUGCCAUAAAGCUGAAAAUGAGCACAAACACUGCAGCAGUGGCAAUCAUUGGGGGAGGAAUCUCCGGUUUAGUAUGUGCUGCAAGGCUGUCCCAGCUGGGUCUGACCAACUCUGUUGUGUUCGACACUGGAAAGAAUGGCCCAGGAGGCCGGUGCAGCAGCAGGAUCAUCAGCAUUGCUGGUAAAGAAUAUGUAUUUGACCACACUGUCCAGUUCUUUACAGUGAGUGAUCCUAGAUUUGCCAAGAUUGUCUCCUUUUUACAUUCCAAGAAGGCGGUAAAAGUCUGGACUGGGAAAAUUGUUCAGCUUAAAAAAGGAGCAGAGCCAGUAGAAGUCAAGAACAUACAGCCUUUUAUUGGAACAAGUGGAAUGCAGACGGUCCCCAGGUGUCUCUCAAGUCUUGUGCAUGUAAAAGGAAAUACAUGGGUCAGCAAUGUCCAUUGGGAUUCUGUUGUCAAAAAGUGGAAGGUUGAUGACCAUGGCUGGUUUGAUUAUCUGGUAGUUGCUCACAAUGGAAAGUGUGCUGACAGGCUCAUGGCUGACUGUGGGGUGCCAAAAAUUCAUGAUCUGUUAAAGGUUAAAUUUGGCCCAGUGCUGUUACCCAAAACCAGUGUCAUGCAGCUUUGCUCACUAUGGGUGUUGCUUGUAGCAUUUCCCUGUAAACUUGGACUUUUCUUCGAUGGUGCUUUUGUAGAGCACUCUGACAUAUCUUGGCUUGGAAAUAACACGUCUAAAUAUAGUGCUGAAGAUUGUACAGAGUGCUGGACUGUUUUAAGCACAAAGAACUUUGGAGCUGUACAUAAAGUACCACAGGAACACAUACCUCCAUCAAAGGAAAAGGAGGUAACACAUCUCCUGCUAAAUGGCUUUGCUGAUGUUACUGGAUGGAAUCGAAAAAACAUAACACCUUGCUUUACCAGAGUACAGUUGUGGGGAGCUGCAAAUCCCCUGAAUGUCCUACAGGGGGAAGGAUGUGUUUUUCAGGCCAGUCAUAACAUUGGAAUUUGUGGGGACUGGCUAGUUAGUCCUUGUGUGGAAGGUGCGGCCCUGAGUGGCUUAAAUCUAGCUGAAGUUAUCAGUAAGCAUUUUAAAGGGGAAAGAAAAGAUGUGGGCUUGACGAUCCCUCUAGUUCCUAAAGAGUCCAAAGCCAUAGGGGCAUUUCCCACAAACAAAAGUUUGUUGUUUAAGCCUGCAGUGUGAUAAUGUGUUUGAGCAAAAUUGAAAAUAAAUGGAACCCAAAUGACUAACUAGAAAUACA